GGCUAUGCCUGGCUACCACUGAACAACAAGUAAGAUGGUGUGUCAUAUCAGAAAAUGAACUGAAGAAAUGUAAUGAAUUUAAAGAGGCCCUGAAGACCAUCAAUGUUCUUAAUUUAGCCUGUAUCAAGAAAACCUCCCACAUGGAUUGUAUCAAGGCCAUUGCAGAAAAUGAAGCUGAUGCUCAGACUGUUGAUGGUGGUUUGAUCUAUGAAGGAGGUCUUGUCCCCUACAAUCUGAAACCCAUCGUUGCUGAAGACUAUGGCACUGAAUCAUCUCCACUAUCCCAGUACUUUGCUGUGGCUGUUGUGAAGAAGGGAACUGAUUUCCAAUUCAGGGACCUCCAAGGGAAGAAGUCCUGUCACACUGGCCUGGGCAGGUCAGCUGGGUGGAUCAUGCCCGUGGGGACAAUGUAUGCACUUGGCUUGUUGGACUGGAAAGGACCACCAGAACCUAUUGAAGAAU